UGCGCCUGAGGACUCCAACACACUGUGGCAUGUUUACCGUGUGGAGAGUUUGACUGAUACGACUUGCGGAGCGCGUAUGGUGGUGUCACACUGCUGGCGAUGGGAUAGAGAAGGAAGAGGAGCAACAUUUGUGCCGCUCUCCGUCCCCUUAGAAAUAACAUGAUAAGCUUUAUGUUUGGACUGGUGAGUUCAGGAGGAUCCAAGGGAACAGUUUACACCUCAGAAAUGUCCACAACAGCAAGUCCAACCAUCCCUUCCUUACAGCUGACAUCGGAUCAACUCACAGUGAUCGUUGCAUCUUUUUCCUCUCUGGUGUUCUUUGUGGUUAUUGUGGUCUUGCUGUCCAUUAUUUACCGCCGAGAUCCUCAGUGCUGCAAAGUCCGUUCCUAUCAGGAGUCACAUGUAGAUAUGGAUGCUCCUCCUCAGUACUACAGCAGCAGACAGACACUGGUGGGGUCUCCACAUCUGGAGCAGACUCAGAUCAUGAAUGACAACAACAGUCAGCAGGCAGGUCAGCUCUUCUACGUUGGCCUGCCCUCCAGCUACAGCCUUCCCUCCCUUGAUGCCCCCCUGCCGAGGCUUCCCUCAUAUGAGAGCGUCAGGAAGAAAGACCGCCAGAGGCAGAUCCACAUGAUGAUUGCCGACCGUUUUGGCCUCAGCGGACCCCUUAUGACUGAGCCACCGCCGACAUAUGAGGAAAGUAUCCGCCAGUCCAUGGAACUGCCGUACAACAUCCUCUCAUCUAGCCUGGACACCUCCCAUCCACAGAGCAGCUACCCCUCACACACCGACACAGGGCCCCACACUCAGACUGACACACCCUCUCAAAUCUGCAUUGACAGCAAUACCAACAGCACCGCCCAACCUAUGUGAUCCUGUUAAGCAUCCUUUGAUCACGUCGUGAAGCUGCCCGAUCAAAGUGACAAACCGUAAAAUAUGGGUAUGGGUUUCAUACAGGUAAAGUUAACCGAAUCAAAAUGAGAUUAUGGACUCAUCAAGAUGGGCACCUUCUACCUUCUGCAGAGGAGGAUUCAUAUACCUCACGAAUGAGUGUAUCAGGACCGGCUGAUAUCGCUGAAAAGAGACCAAAGAGGUGCUGCACAGAGUUGGAUGCAUCAUAGUCAACGUUUAGCUGGCAUACUUGAAUAUCAAAACGCCUUGUGACAGUUACUGUAACAUACCAUGCUGAAGUGGAUUACUUAACAUUGGACGCUGACAUCACCUGGGGUGGCUGGUACAUCUCAGAGAUGAAACAUUGUGGAUUAAAGUGAUGUGUAUGUGAAAAUUGUUAAUUUGGCUUCACUGUUUGCUCUUUUUUCUGCUGUUUCUGAGCCAGAGAACUUAGCUCCAUCAACCAGAAGCUCACUGUCUGGUUCUCAAGGCCUCCAGAGGUCUAUUUGAAUAGAAAUUGCUUUAAUAUGUCUCCGUACCCUGCUGAGGCUGUUCAUUGCAGCUACAGCUUGUGGUUCAGCUUGUGAGAAGGUGACUAAAAAAGGUGUUAUGAGAGUGUAUUUCAUGACAUUGUCACAUACAUUGUCUGAACUUUAUCACAUUUUAUCUCAAGAUUUCAAGGAAAGUGUCAUUUUUGCACAUUGCAUCAGUUUGUUUCUCUGUCAUGGCCUCUGUGAAUUUCUUGUAAAUAUAUAUUUUUUAGCCUUGUUUGUCUUUUUUUUUUUUUUUUUUGAGACCAUGAUAGGCUUGCUGUACACAAGCUAAGACAAAAAAUGAACGUGCAUGUCCUCUGCAAGGCAAUCCUAGCUGUAAAGCUUCAAGGAGCAGCAAUGAAAACAAUGAUGAAAUACCA